AUGAGUUCUUGGAAAAUACCCGGUACUAAAAAGCACAAGGAACAAACGUCCUCAUCGCCUUCAUCAUCAUCACCCGUUCCUUCGACAUCGUCUUCACAACAAGUCGAACCCAAAUCUGGUGUGCUUCUUAUACGAGUAUGCGAUGCACGAGAUCUCUCGCUUCCACCAGGUGUCGAAGUACCUACUGCACCACCCCAACAACCGCAACCACCCUCUCGCAACCGUGAUUCUUUGACCCGCAAGCAAAACUGGUGGUUACCUUAUGUUGUUCUUGAAUUCGACAAGAACGAGAUCCUUGUGGAUGCCUUGGCAGGUGAUGCCACCAAUCCCAUUUAUCAUUAUCGAGCCAAUUUUGAUGUAUCACGUACUUCGGAUGUAUCGAUAUCCAUUUAUCUACGUCAACCACCCAAGGCUCAGGGAUCAACCGAGCGAACUACCAAUGACUAUUUCCUCGGUGCAGUCAAGCUUCAGCCUAACUUUGAUACAACCAAAGUUGAUGAUCAAGUCCUCAAGAUUACCGGUGGUACCGGUGUUAUGCAUGUCCAACUCUGCUAUAAGCCCCAACAGGCGAGCCAACCGAUUGCUUUUGAUUCAUUUGAAUUGCUUCGUGUGAUUGGCAGAGGUAGCUUUGGCAAGGUCUAUGUGGUGCGUAAAAAGGAUACCAACCGUAUCUAUGCCAUGAAGGUGUUGCGUAAAUCACGUAUCAUUUCACGAUCUGAAGUAACACACACCAUGGCUGAAAAGACCGUGCUUGCCAAAGUCAGCAAUCCUUUCAUUGUUCCUCUCAAGUUUGCCUUCCAAAGUCCCGACAAGCUGUACCUCGUCUUGGCUUUUAUCAAUGGUGGCGAGUUGUUCCAUCAUCUUCAGGUCGAAGGCAAAUUCAGUGAGGAAAGAUCCCGAUUUUAUACGGCAGAGCUGUUGAGCGCACUUGAAUGUCUUCAUGGUUUCAAUGUAAUUUAUCGUGAUUUGAAACCCGAGAAUAUCUUGAUUGACUACAAUGGCCACAUUGCCCUUUGUGAUUUUGGUCUGUGCAAGCUCAACAUGACAGAGAAUGAGCGGACAAACACCUUUUGUGGUACACCCGAAUAUUUGGCGCCAGAAUUGUUGUUGGGUCAAGGUUACACGAAAUCAGUGGAUUGGUGGACGCUUGGUGUAUUGCUAUACGAGAUGAUGACAGGCCUUCCACCCUUCUAUGAUGAGAAUACCAAUGAAAUGUAUCGCAAGAUUCUUCAAGAUGAAUUGCGUUUCCCUGACGACAUGUCCGAAGAUGCCAAGAGCUUGUUGCGUGGGUUGUUAACACGUGAUCCUAACGAGCGUUUGGGUAACAAUGGACCUGAGCAUAUCAAGAACCAUCCUUUCUUUGCCAGCAUUGAUUGGCGAAAGCUAUUGCAAAAGAAGUUGCAGCCACCUUUCAAACCCACAGUGGAGAGUGCAUAUGAUACGACGAACUUUGAUGAAGAAUUUACAUCCGAGAGACCUCUUGAAUCGGUUGUCGAUGAAUCGCAAAUUUCAAAGACGAUGCAGGAACAAUUUGCUGGAUUUACUUAUAACCCAGCCAACGAUGGUGUCAUGAGUGAAAGCUUCAAUGGCAGCGUCGGUGUCAGUGUCGGAAAUUCCCAUCCCAGUGGAUCCAAAUGGUAG